UUACGGUCAUAGACAUAAAGCUGCAAUGAUCGGUAUGAACAAAAUAUUCUAGUAAAAAGCCAAGAAUGGUUCGUGGAUCGCAAAUGGCAGAAACGGAGAAAAUAUCAAGAAUGGGAUUCGUAGAGCUUUACGAUCUUUAUUGGAAUCAGAAUGCUGAUCCAAGGACAAAUGGCUUACCAUUUAUCGGAUCGCCUGUUAUUAUACCUUCCAUCAUAUUGUUGUACUUAUACUUUGUUCUAAAAUAUGGUCCCGAAUUUAUGAAAGAUAGAAAACCGUACGACUUGAAAACCUUCAUGAAAUAUUACAAUGUCUUUCAAAUUAUCGCUAACACGUAUGUGGUGCAGCAAUUCAUCACUGUAGGCUGGUUCACCGAAAUAACCAUGUACUGUGAAAUACCAGAUUUUUCGUAUAAACCUGGUCCUCUCAAGUUAGCUUAUAUAAUGUGGUUGGUAACGAUGUUGAAAUUGAUCCAUUUCGUGGAAACGUUCGUCUUCGUUCUUAGAAAGAAGAAGGAACAAGUUUCAUUUUUGCAUCUAUACCAUCAUGUAACUACGAUCUUAUUAUGUUGGCUUACGACAAAAUAUGUUCCGGUGGCGAUGUCUUCGUUCACUCCGCUCGUAAACUGCGGCGUACACGUGAUCAUGUAUACCUAUUACUUCCUUAGCACGUUUGGUCCAAAGUUUCGGAGAGUAUUAGCUACGUAUAAACCAAUAUUGACCAUCGUGCAAAUGGCACAACUUAUAAUUUUACUGAUACAAAAUGUGCAAUCGCUUCUUCCGUCUUGUCCUGUAACGAAACUACCAGGCACUAUCUCGGCGACCAAUUUAAUCAUAAAUUUCGUUCUUUUUUAUAACUUCUAUCAAAAAAGAUACACGAAAUCUGCUUCAAAGGAACGUUGAAUCAUAUUGAAAUCAUGAAAAAUUGUGUAUUCGAUAUAAUACGCUUUUAUUAGGAUCGUGAAUGCACCUGUUUUAAUCACAAAACUACAAAAUAUGCCCUAAUCAAUGAAAGAAGAUGUUUUUGAAAGAGAUAUAACGAAAACUACCGAUAUAAAUAUUACUUCAAUGAAUAGUUUAAUCAUUUCGAUUGAACUGAC